AUCUAAUAACGCGGCUCAUGUGUCCUCCAAUGAUCAUCUUCAUAUGCAGUCACGUGUCCCGACUAUAGUAGCCAAUAAAUUAAUGGCAAAUGAAAAAGAGGAGAGUGGCAAAGAAGUACCGUUAAAGAGAAAGCGUGGCCGACCGCCUGGUCGAAUGCCCAGCAAAUGCUUUAAAUCAUUUGUCGUUGAUGAAAUAGCCAUGGAUAAACUUGAUGAGAAAUCUGAACAAAUUUUGAUAAAAGAGGACAGUUAUGUGGAAUCAAAAAUGGAAAGUGACAAUGAUGCUGAGAGUUUGGAAGAACGUGCAUUUAUGAAGAAUCUGAAGAUCUUCAUGAGAAAACGGGGAAUGCCGAUUGACAAGAUACCGCAUUUGGGUUUGGAAAAAGUUAAUCUGUUCGAGAUGUUUAACAUCAUUCAAAGCCUUGGUGGUUAUGACCAGGUGAUUAGAAAGAAGUUAUGGUGCCAUGUUUACAGCAAAGUUUGCGGUUCACCAAAUAUUACAAGUGUAGCCAUCAACUCGAAAAGAACUUACGAAAAAUUCUUGUUACCCUAUGAAAGAUAUCUCCGUGGCGAAGAAGUAAUAACUGGUACACGUAGCUACACACCUCCCAGAGCAAUAAAACAACUCUCGUCUUCACGAGAUGUUAAUGGUAAUGUUCUACUUGAAGUGGAUAACGUUGCACCCUAUAUAGCAUCUGGAAACACUUCUGUUUCUCAACUCAAAGUUGUAAAUAAACGUUCUCCAAUCACUCAAACGAGCCAGCAAGAUAUACUGGUCAGUUCACUUGCGUCGAAUGUGAUCAAUAGGACUUCGCAUUGUUCAAAAGUGAAUUCAACAGCAGCUCCAAACGCACAAUCAUUUUACAUAACUUGCAGAAUGAAUGAACAGGAUGAGCUGUUGCAUAGACAAAGUCUUUCAAGUACUUCUCGUCGAAUGCCUUACGCUAACCGGCAUGAAGUCAUGUCUACCGAAAGACCAAUUGAAGUUCGUUCACCAAGUCCUUUAAUUUAUGCUGUCGAUCCUGAAUAUUGCACGAGAACAGGUUACGUAAAUUAUCAGAGCCUGCACGACAGGCCGUCAGUGGUAUCUUACUCGAAAAUACCACGUCACGAUUUAGACGAACGAGAGCGUUCCCCUGUGACUGUAGUCAAUAGAGAAAGUCCGUUGACGUUUUAUAAACCUUCAGCUGAGGAGAAAUACACUCGCAGUUCUGUGUUACUUGAUCAUGAUACUGCUCGCGGCAAUAUUUUGGAAACUGGUACUCAAAAUUUGCAUCGUGUGACAUCAUCAUCAGAUUCGUCACGAGGCACUGUUGUCGGAGGGAGGUGUUUCUAUAGUAAGGAAACUGUACUCGACACCGCUAAUCAAGCAGAUCUACGUUUGAUUCGACAUGAAAGUGAUUUGUUACCAUCUGAACGAAAAGAAACGGGUUUGUCAUCAUAUUUGCAUCAUGUAAGUGACUCCUCUAUAUCACGUGAUUCUUACAAUGAAUCACGUGAUGUACGCAAACAUCUAAAGAAAACUAUGGAGGAUCCAUUCUUGAACAAUUCUUUCUCGGGCAAGCGUACACAAACUUCUAAUGAUUCCGUCAUGUAUUCAAUGCCGAUGAUUGACUCUGGUGCUCACUAUCCUUACAGUGGAUUUGAUUUUUAUGAUUUGCCAGCAUUUCCUGUACGUGCUUCGUCACGCAUAUUUAUACCUCCUCAUCCAUCAUUAUACCCUGGUCAUUCUGUGUAUCUACCUUACAACCAGCACAUUCUUCCAACUGAUCCUAACGGUCUUUGCCCGUUACCUGUAUAUCCACAUGAAUACCCUUUUGCCGUGGACGCUGGCGUGGGCAUUCUUCGCAGUUGAACAAUACUAUUGCUGCAUGUAAUUUGCGUUUUGUAUUUAAUAUAGAAAAUAGUUUAUUGUAUUUUCAUGUGAAGUUUUGUUGUGUUAGUGAUUUAAUUUAUUAUAUUCUGUCAAUUAGGAUUGUAUGUUCAGUUAAUUUAUGCAAUUCAUUGUUUCUUAA